AUGCAAUACCGUGUCACACCACCAUCGGUGGGCCAGCUCCUAAACCAAGUGGUCCACCGACCGUUGUCUCUCAUCUUUCAGCACCCACUCCUCUCCCUCUUCUUCCUUCUCGUUCUCCUUCCCCUCACGCUCCUCCUCUCUAUCGCCAUCUACCUCUUCUCCCUCUCCACCUACCGCCUCCUCUCCCUUCAUGUUCUUGGCACGGACGCCUAUUCCCAUUUCCCGCGCCCCUCUAGGACAGAUCGAUACCCACUCCUAACAGGCAACCUUGGCUUCAUCCGUCGCUCACCCCCCACAGAAGGCCAUCUUUCAUUCGUUCGGCAACUUCAAACCCGCGUCUAUGUCUAUCGGGGAUUAUUCUACACGCCGAGACUAUUCAUCGCUGAUCCUCGCGCAAUGCUGCAUAUGCUCUCCAGCGCCAACUCUUAUAAUUAUGAGAAACCGCUUUCCACUCGGUUGGUGCUGAAGAACUUCCUGGGAGAGGGUGUUUUGGUGGCUGAGGGGGAAGUGCAUAAGCGGCAGAGGAAGAUCCUUCAACCGGCAUUUAAUGUGGGGAGUAUAAGGGAGCUCAAUCCCAUCUUUAUGAAGUAUAGUCGUCAAUUGGCGGAGAAGAUCUCUACUAUGAUCGAUCUCUCCUCUUCCUCUACCUCCGAGAAGAAAGAGGGAGGGGCGGAUGGGGUGCAUACCCCCUUCGUAGCUCAAUCCAAGUACGCACUAGAAGCAAGCACACCAGGAAAGCCAGUACUAGAUAUUGGAUGGUGGACCACUCGAGCAGCCCUGGAUAUUAUUGGUGAUGCUGGGUUCGGAUACCAUUUUCAAUCGCUCGAAGUUUCUCCGGAUCCUGCUAUUGUCCAGGAACGAGCGGGCGAUGUUUUGGGAAAUGCGUUUAAUACGUUGUUCAAGUUGACGUUGAACAUUGACAUUGUGCGAUUCCUGCAGAUCUUUCUUAGCAACUUUUCCCUACUGCGAUGGGUGGACCGAAUUCCUAGUAACCGAAAGAGAGCUACAGAGAAGGCAUACAAGGUUUUGGAAGAGGUUUCGCAGGAGAUUGUUGAUCGGAAGAAGACCGAAAUCCGUUCUGAGAUGGCUGCUGAGGUUGAAGCAAGGAAAGGCGACGGAGGGGGUGGGUUUACGAAGGCGGAUUUUGACGAGAAAGACUCCACGAGCAGUAGAUCUGGAGUAGGGAAAGAUUUGUUGCAUCUUAUGAUGAGGGCUAAUAUGGCAGCUGAUGUUUCACCGAAGGAAAAGCUAGAUGAUGCAGAGUUGAUUGGGCAGAUUACAACCCUUCUAAUCGCUGGGCACGAAACGACGUCGAAUCAAACCGCUUGGACACUCUGGCUUCUCGCACAGCAGCCUUUCCUACAGGACAAGUUGAGGGAGGAAAUCCACGAUCACUUGAACUCUACCAUGGAUCGGGAUCCCAACUAUGACGAACUAAUGUCUAUGCCCUAUCUCGACGCGGUAUGCAAAGAAUCUUUCCGCUGCAAAUCCGCAGUCCCGAACACGAUUAGGGUAGCAAAAGUCACCACCGACAUUCCUCUCUCUCGUGCCUAUCCCGACAGAAAGGGAAAGGCAACGAUCACCUCGGUACACAUCCCAAAGGGAAGGGAAGUCUUGAUCCCGAUCCAAGCGAUCAACUCAGACCCCGAGAUCUGGGGCGAGGAUGCAGCCGAGUUCAAGCCUGAGAGAUGGUUAGACCUUGCCGAAAGCGCAAAACAGAAUGGACUACCGAUGCAUCUUAUGACCUUCAUCUCCGGCCCAAGAGCAUGUAUCGGGAACAGGUUCGCGCUGGCAGAGUUUAAGGCGAUCUUGUGUCACUUGGUGGGGAGGUUCAAAUUUCAAGUGGUGGAAGGAUGGGAGGUGGAAGCGAAACAGACUGCUGUGAUUAGGUCGAGAGUUGUGGGACAGGAAGAUGUGGGUCCGCAGAUGCCCUUGCGUGUUUCUCACCUCAACGCUUCUGAAGCAAAGUGUUGA